CCGGUUUAAUGCAACAGUAACGGUCACACUGGUCGUAGUCUCGACUGCAAAUUCGAGUUUACUUUACUUGCAAUUUUCGCUUUUUGUUUUAAAAUAAUCACGCAUGCUGUGAUUGUGCGACAGCUGGCAGAGAAAUCAGCACAGUGCCUAGAUAACAAGUGAUCUGGAGCACGUGGCGAUGGAUCAGGAUAAUAGCGCAGAGGGACAAAAUUUGGACGGGUCGACCGACGCCGGUCUCAAAAUGGCGUCCGCGAAUUCCGAGUCGUUGGCGUCGGCGACACACGAGCUGAAAAUUAUGGAUGUGGAGGGAGGAGCGGUGGUGGCGGCGGAUCCCGUCGAGGAAACGGAGGUCCCCAUGGUCAUCCUGGUGGACGACGACGAGGUGGAGGGCGAUAUGGAGGUGGACGAGGAGGAGCAGCCGCUGCCAGAUAACGCAGGCAUGGAGGACAUUAUGGACGACGACCAUGCUCCACUGGUGGCCGAACUGCAGUCCGCUCUGAACAAUCCAGAUGACAAGCCCACCAGCGAGGAUCCCCUCCUAGAUGAUCAUGACCGCGAUCCGGACACCGUGUCCACCAAAACCGAACCCUCCAGCGAUGCGGAGAGCAACCACUCGUACCACGAUCCGAUGGGCCUGCUGGAGCGCAUCGAGAACCAGGAGGCGGGAGACAGCCAGGACGAGGACGACGACUUCAGCGUGGACGAUGGCAGCACCGGCGGCGCCAAUGGCGGUUCCACGCGCCGGAAAAUGCCCCGAGCGCAGCGAUGGCUAAUCUGGAUGAAGCGCUGGCCCUGGAUCCUCCACGAGGCCUCCGACGGGCCCUUCGCCUUCUGCCUUUAUUGCAACAUGAACAUCAACGUGAACAACCGCUCCCGGCACAUCCAGCAGCACAACAUGUCGCUGUACCACCAGGAACGCGAGUGCAACUACCUGGCCUUUAAGAAAAGCGAGGAGCAGACGCGGGGAACGACCAGUGACAACGAAGUGAAGCACGAGUUCGGGACCAAGAGCUAUGUUGCUGCCACGAAGCAGAAGCGAACCACCGAGACCGAGGCCUUUAACAACUUCAACUGGCUGCGCUGGCUUCGGUGGCAUCCUUGGCUGGAGCGCUCUAAGCCCACUGGAACCAUUGGGACAUGCCGCGUCUGCAACGUGCGCAUGAACGUGGAGUUUGUCUAUCUGCGCAAACGUCACGAGACCACAAAAGGUCACAUGGAGGCGCUGCGCAAUCAGGAAUCCGACAAGCCGAGCCGCAAGCGAAAAAGAAGCAAGAGCGCCAGCGAAACCACCUUUGUCGAGGAGGAGGCGGAACAGGAAAAGGAAUCAGAGCCGGAGGCGGACACGGAGGAUGCGCAGGAAACCCCCGUGGUGGUAAUGAACGGUGGGGUGGACCCGGUCCAGGACCCCAGCAAGUGGUGUGAGCUGAUUCCAGACACCAGUCCACAGCAGUGUCGCUGCACCCUCUGCGACUGUUCCAUGGCGAUCACCAGCUUCCUGCGGCACUGCAAAACCAAGAUUCACUGUAACAAGCUAUUGGAACCCGUCCAAAAAGGCUCUUCAGAUAUUCGCGGUAUUUGGGCCGUGUUUGCCGAUAUGCAUCCAUGGUUGAUUGCCGAUCCAGAAGACCCUAGUAUUGGCUAUUGCAGCGUCUGCCACAAAAGAUUUAUGUACGGAAACUCCGAAAUCAAGCGCAAGAACCACGAGAACUCCGAAAAACACUCAUCGGCAGUGGCCGCCGCUAAAGCAAUUAUUGAAGCUGGAUUGGCUGAUGCCAAAGAAACCGAAAACGAGGGCAAUGACGGGGAGCAGGAGGAGGAAGAGGAAGAGGAGGAUGUGCCCGCCAGUGAGGCAGCCCAGUCGGAAGCACGAUCAGAGACCGAGGGCACCGAAGAUAUAGACGAUGACAAUUGGUCGGAGACACUAAAAGGUGGCAAAGGCCUCGUUACAAAAUCGGGUAUGGAGCCUAGAAAGGCCAAGGUCCGCGCCGGAGUGCACUUCUACCCGUGGCUGUGCUACUCCAAGGAUCGGAAGACACAGCUGUGCAAGUUCUGCCGCGUGCGCUUCCACAACGAAGCGGCAAAGGCAAGGCAUGAGUUCAGUGCCCGACAUACGAAACUCAUGAAGCAGUUCAAGGCGCGCCAAGCGAAACAGCCCCAGGUCGGAAAUAAGCAGACUAGAACUAAGCGGCAGGGCAAACUCGAGGAGGAGGGUACACAGGAGGAAGAGGUAGAGGAGGAGGAGGAAGAAGAGGAGGAUGGGGAUGGAGAGAGCAACACAGACUCGGGCACCGUGCAGACAAGGAAGCCACCUAGAUCGAAACUGUUUGUGAAGCCCAUUCCGGCAACAACGAAGGGUAAGGUUAUGGUGUGGAAGGGCCGCUUCCCGUGGCUCUCCUACAAAAAGAACGAGCAGCGCGGGAACUAUGCCUGGUGCAAGCUUUGCGAGGUAUCCCUCUACCUGCCCUCCUCUAAGUGGGCUUCGAAACACCAGAGGACUUCGAGACACAUUCGUCUUCGCAUCGAUCGGAAGCGUAAUGGUGGACAUCCUCCGGCAGGAGCUGCAACCAAAAGCCCAGUUGAAAUUUCUGCCGCUGUGGCCACGGCCUCGGCUUUGGCCAGCGGAGAAGCCAGACAGAAAGCGGCCAUGGCGGAGCUGCAGGCCAAGUACGACUGGCUGGAUCCGGAUGCCAAUGACGAGAACCACUGCCAUUGCCGUGUUUGCGAUACCCGGUUGCCGAUCAAGGUCUUCUAUCUGCGCCAGCAUGACUCCUCGCGCAAACACGCUGAUAAUUUGGAGCGGAGCAGGAACAACUCCACCGCUGCCGCAAAUCCAGCAUCCGUCAGCACAAACUCCACUGCCGAUGCAGAGAGGCAGGAGUCUGGUUUGGACAAGGAGAGCGACGGUGAAAUCAGUGUGAGAUCCGAUGGCAGCACGGCGGAGCCGCCGGCGAAGCGAUUACGACGCUCAAUGGAAGUGCGUCGGAUACUGCGCGCCCUGCGCGAUUCCAUGAGCAAGCCCCAGGAGGAGCGCUCUCAGAUGGACAUGGCCAAGGACAUGAUUUGUUCCUCGUUUGAUAUUGUGUCGCGCCUGCGAACUCUGGAGCGGGAAGGGGCCGCCCAGGGCGACUCCACGGCGCAGGCGCCGUCAGUGACAACGGCCAGGCCACCGGAGCCCCGACACGUAUUAGAUCUCUUCUUCGACAGCAUUGCGCCGACCAUGAAGUCCUUGCCGGCGGAUUUGGCAGCAGAGGGCAAGGCCAAAAUCAUGCAGCUCGUGUGCGGCUUAGAAGUUCGGGCCAUGCAGCGGAAUUCGUUAGCUGCAGCCACAUCUCCAGUCGGAUCCUCCACAUCGUCUUCCGCAGCUACUCCAGUGGCCACUCCAGCUGCGACUGUUCCAUUUACGGCUAAUGCUUCUGGUCCCACUUUAGCUUCUGCUCCUUCUGAUACAGAUUUGCAUUCCAAUGUUAUCACUAUCCAAGACGAUGACUACUCUGUGAAGAACAAUAACAACGAGGUGGAAACUGUACAGAGUAAGCCAGCAAGCGGUGGUUCCGCCACACAGGUGACCAUUAACGGAAAUCCGAAAGACCUGCCGGAGAACAUCCGCCGCAUCUUAAGCUCUUCCCAAAUGCAGGUGACCAACCGCUACGACACGGAUGCCGUGCGAUGUGUGCCUCUGGAUAAAUUGACAACACAUAGUCGGAUCAACGGAAAUGGGCGACAAAGCCAAGGUGGCUCCUCGGAACCACCCUCCACCCCACAGGUGGAUAUGCCCAAUGGCAACACGCUAGCCAUGCUCCGGCAGAUACGUGUGAACAACAACAACAGUUCCAAGAUGAUCACCAUCACCAAGACGCCCAUGGCGCAGCCGCAGCAGCAGCAGUCUCCAAACAUGACAUCAACACCAAUGAUGCGGGGCGGUCUCAACAGCAACGGUGGUCAAAUGAACACGUUUAGGUCGAUGGUGAACCAAAACCGCCGGCCAUAGAGCUCCUAAGAAUACGAAUCAUCCAUAGCUAUAGUUUUUGGCAUUAUCAUUAUUUAAAUUUGCUUCAAUUCACUUAUUUCAUAAGUUACAGAAGAAUACUUGCAAGCAAGAUAAUUAUUUCAAAUUAAGAUUGACCGAUCCUGUUUAGGUACUAGACCAAAGGAGUUCCUUUCAAGGUGACACAUUAGAACAGAUUGUAAACAUUCUAGUUUGACACAUAAAAAGCGAAAGUGCUUGUUCCGAGACAUGCAUGUUUUUGAAGGCGAUUUGUUUCGGAACCAUUCCCAUACUAUUAAAAUACAACGGUUUUUUUUCUGCUUAAGCACUUAAAAAUUGGAUUGAUUUAUUAGGUUUACAGACUUGCCGAAGUCCAAAAUAUAUUUUUAUCGUAUGUCUUUUAA